GUGCUGUUAUACCUGUUACAGGUGCUGUUAUAUCUGUUACAGGUGCUGUUAUACCUGUUACAGGUGCUGUUAUACCUGUUACAGGUGCAGUUAUACUUGUUACAGGUGCUGUUAUAUCUGUUACAGGUGCAGUUAUACCUGUUACAGGUGCUGUUAUAUCUGUUAUAGGUGCUGUUAUACCUGUUAUAGGUGCUGUUAUACCUGUUAUAGGUGCUGUUAUACCUGUUACAGGUGCUGUUAUAUCUGUUACAGGUGCUGUUAUACCUGUUACAGGUGCUGUUAUACCUGUUACAGGUGCUGUUAUACCUGUUACAGGUGCUGUUAUACCUGUUACAGGUGCUGUUAUACCUGUUACAGGUGCUGUUAUACCUGUUACAGGUGCUGUUAUACCUGUUAUAGGUGCUGUUAUACCUGUUAUAGGUGCUGUUAUAUCUGUUACAGGUGCUGUUAUACUUGUUACAGGUGCUGUUAUAUCUGUUACAGGUGCAGUUAUACUUGUUACAGGUGCUGUUAUAUCUGUUAUAGGUGCUGUUAUACCUGUUAUAGGUGCUGUUAUACCUGUUAUAGGCUCACAUAGUCAGCCAUCUCCAGAUGUUCCACCGCCUCCAGAUGUUCCACCGCCUCCAGAUGUUCCACCGCCUCCAGAUGUUCCACCGCCUCCAGAUGUUCCACCGCCUCCAGAUGUUCCACCGCCUCCAGAUGUUCCACCGCCUCCAGAUGUUCCACCGCCUCCAGAUGUUCCACCGCCUCCAGAUGUUCCACCGCCUCCAGAUGUUCCACCGCCUCCAGAUGUUCCACCGCCUCCAGAUGUUCCACCGCCUCCAGAUGUUCCACCGCCUCCAGAUGUUCCACCGCCUCCAGAUGUUCCACCGCCUCCAGAUGUUCCACCGCCUCCAGAUGUUCCACCGCCUCCAGAUGUUCCACCGGUCUCCUCCUGA